AUGAGUUUCAACCCUGUCAACCCCCGGCCUUUCCUCCAGGCUAGAGUCGGUACCGAGGUCAUCAUCCGUCUCAAGUGGGGCCAAACGGAAUACAAGGGCAAGCUUGAGAGCAUCGAUUCGUACAUGAACGUGCUGCUCCGUGAUACGGAAGAGUUUCUUGAUGGAAAGAACACGGGAACAUUGGGUCUGGUGCUGAUUAGGUGUAACAACAUCCUCUGGAUGGGCUCAGCGGACAGCGUGGAGAUGACGGACCUGGGACUACGAUAG